GCAAGUGCACCAGAGCGUUUUCACUUGCACUAUCGGCAUUAGGCAACUACACCGCAGGAAACAACAUGCCUAAGAAAGGUUUACUAGAGCGCCUACAGAAUGGCGGCAGCGUCAUCAUGGCUGAAGGCUACGUGUUUGAGUUUGAGAGAAGGGGCUACAUCCGUGCAGGGCCGUUUGUUCCAGAGGUGGUUCUUGACUAUCCACACCUUGUCAAGAGUCUGAGUGAGGAGUUUGUGCACGCUGGAACUGACGUAGUCCUAGCGUUUACCUACUAUGGGCACCGAGAGAAGCUGAGGCUGAUCGGCAAGGAACAUCUCCUGGAGAAGCUCAACAGGGAUGCCUUGAAGAUUGCCAAGGAAGUUGCUGACGAGUCGGAGUGUCUGAUGGCGGGGAACAUCUGCAACACCACUGUGUACAGGAAAGGCAGCAGGGAACAUGAAGAACAGGCCGAGGCCAUAUUCAAGGAACAGAUUGAGUGGGCGGUUGAAUACGAUGCGGAUUUCAUUUUGGCUGAGACAUUCCCCGAAUUCGGUGAGGCUCUCCUCGCCCUUGAAUGCAUCAAGAAAUAUGGACAAGGUAGACCAGCUGUUAUCAACAUCAGCCCUAUAGCUGGAAACAAGACCCUCGACGGUAUACCGUUCACAGAUGCCUGUCGCCAGUUGGAAGAGGCUGGGGCCGCCGUCGUGGGCUUCAACUGUUACAGGGGCCCAUCUACGACGUUACCCCUGCUACGAGACAUUCGCAGGGUGUGCAAGGGUCCUAUCGCCGCCUUUCCCGUUCCCUACAGAACCUCCAAAGAGUUCCCCACUAUGUUGUCCCUGAUUGACCCUUUCACUGGUAAGCGGGCCUUCCCCGACGUCUCCUCUCAACUGUGUGGUGUGGCAGAAAUAACGGCGUUUGCGAAGGAAUGCAAGGAAAUUGGCGUUCAGGUGGUUGGCAUCUGCUGUGGCAACACUCCCGCCAUGACCAGAGCGGUCGCCGAAGUGUACGGCCGUACUCCCCCCGCAUCCAAGUUCUCCCCAUUCAUGGAGAAGCAUUUCAUCUUCGGGGAGCACAAGUCGGACUACUUCACCGAUGACUACUACCUCUCCAAGUUGAGCGCUGCCGUCAGUAAAGCUCCAUGAACACCCGUUACUCAAAAUCAAAUCUAAAUUCUAAGUUCAGCUUUUGUAGAUGAAAUGAAUCUGUUGAUUUGUAACAUUAGAAAUUCCUAUCCGAAUUAUAAGCAGUGAAUCAUCUUUAGUCCCGAAAACGUGCCCAUGGACUCUCCUGGGUCUCUACUUUGUGUGCUGGUGAUUAGGUGCCUGACCCUGUUGUGGGUUCGAAUCCCGGAUCGGGCUCAUCCCAACAAGACUACUAGAUUCUGUACUUUACCAAGAAAGGGUAAUCCCAAAUAUAACAUAUACUAAAACACUCGUUACAUAUGUGGUAUCAAUCUUCCUUUAGACAAGUGUACAAUGUGUGCCCAUGUUUGGUUUCCUUAAUCGUAAUAUAGCUGGAAUAUUGCUAAACGCUCGUUCAUGGAAGCAAGGGACGUUUCUGGCAAGUGCCUGGUAGCAUGAGGUGAUGACAUUUAACCUUCCAUCACCCAUAUGCAGCUUGGGCUCCCCAGGGAGCUGAGAAUGGUCUCUGACACACUGAUCCAUUGACGGGGUAAUAAGCACUUUGAGCAUGCUCUAAGAUGUGGAUUUAGCACAUGUUAACUCGUAUAAGCACAUUAUUCAUGGAUACGUCUCUACUAAAUGUUUCCCCUGUUAGAUUAACGGGGUUAACGAUGCAUCCUACAUUCUCAAAACUGUCAAAAUAAAAACCCAGGAUUAUUAAAAGUUGAUAAUGAUUGUGUGGGAGAUUAAACAGAAGAUCAAUAUUCUAUCGGUGGAAAGAUAAUGUUUUUCAACUACUUACUCGCAGAUAGAAAAACUCGGAAAUGGCCAUAUGUAUCCAUGUAUGUCAAGAGGCUGGUGUUUACUUCAAGUGGGAGGAUGUAAAUAAAUGUCAUCCUGGAA